GUCACCGACAGCGCCGCUGUGUUCCCAGCGCUCAGCCCAGUGUACUUGAGUUGUUUUGAAUGUGCGACGCACCGACAGGAGGGGGGCAGAACUUGAACUAAAGAUGGCGGACGUAGAAGAUGAGAUACGGUCUGAACCCUCUUCUCUGCACCCCGCGGGGCCGCGAAACGGAACCGGUGUAGGUUCGGUGAGUGGUACCAGAGGCCAGAACAUAACAAUGGUGACGUCAGGCCCACGAAUGGUACGGAUUGUAAAAUCGGAAUCGGGCUAUGGGUUCAAUGUUCGUGGGCAAGUAAGUGAAGGUGGACAACUGCGAAGUAUCAACGGGGAACUGUAUGCUCCACUGCAACAUGUCAGCGCCGUGUUACCUGGAGGGGCUGCAGACCGAGCUGGCAUAUUGAAGGGUGACAGAAUAUUGGAAGUGAAUGGCGUGAGCGUUGAGGGGGCGACACACAAGCAGGUGGUGGACCUGAUCCGGGCGGGUGAGCGCGAGCUGGUUCUGGCCGUGCUGUCGGUGCCUGCCCAUGAGGUCGAGGGCCUGGAGCCCGGCGAGGAGGGGGGCACCCCCCCCAGCUACGACUACAGCGACCGGCAGGCCGUGCCCAUCUCCAUUCCCUCCUACAAACACGUGGAGCAGCACACCGAGAGGUUUGUGGUGUAUAAUGUGUGCAUGUCAGGCAGGCAGCUGUGCUCGAAGCGCUACCGUGAGUUUGCCAUCCUGCACCAGAACCUCAAGAGGGAGUUCAGCAACUUCAACUUCCCCAAGCUGCCCGGCAAGUGGCCCUUCUCCCUGUCCGAGCAGCAGCUCGACGCACGCAGGAGAGGUCUGGAGGAGUACCUGGAGAGAGUGUGUUCCGUGCGGGUGAUCGGCGAGUGCGAUAUCAUGCAGGAGUUCCUGACUGAAUCGGAUGAGAACUACAACGGCGUGGCAGAUGUGGAGUUGCGUAUUGCCUUGCCAGAUAAGACAACCAUCUCCGUUCGGGUGCGCAAGAACAGCACAACUGACCAGGUGUACCAGGCACUGGUGAUGAAGGUGGGCAUGGACAGCAUCAUGGCCAGCUACUUUGCCCUCUUUGAGGUCAUCAACCAUACUUUUGUGCGUAAGCUGGCCCCUAAUGAGUUUCCCCAUAAGCUGUAUGUGCAGAACCUGACGUCCGCUGUGCCCGGCACGUGCCUGGCCCUCCGCAAGUGGCUCUUCAGCAUCCAGGAGGAGGAACUGCUGCAGGACAACCCACUCGCCCUGCACUACUGCUUUCACCAGGCACAAGACGACGUGAAGAAGGGCUUCAUAAAGGCUGAGGAUAAAUCCUACCAGCUGCAGAAGCUCGCAGAACAGCGCAAGAUGGCUAUGUAUUUGAGUGUGUUGCGGUCGUGUGAGGGCUACAAUGAGGUGGCGUUCCCGCACUGCUCAUGUGACUCACGGAGGAAGGGUCAUGUGAUCGCAGCCAUCAGCACCCUGCACUUCAAGCUCCAUGCCUGCACAGAGGAUGGAACCCUAGAGAACCAGGUGAUUGCAUUUGAGUGGGGUGAGAUGCAGCGCUGGGACACCGAUGAGGAGGGCAUGGCCUUCUGCUUCGAGUACGCCAGAGGAGAGAAGAAGCCUCGCUGGGUCAAGAUCUUCACACCUUAUUUUAACUACAUGCACGAGUGCUUUGAAAGGAUCUUCUGUGAGCUCAAGUGGAGGAAAGAGGUUGAAGAGGAGGCAUCAGACCAGGACAAUAAGAACUGCAGUAAUAAUGAGUAUCUGUCUCCACUGGAGCAGCCCCAGGGCUGGAGGCAUGUUGGGGGGGAGAUCGCCACUUCUUAAGGGCUCCCCAAGUGAGCAGGAGACCCACGCACACACACACACACACACACACACACACACACACACAACGCCCCCAUCAGCCAUCCCACACCUCUCCUACUCCAGUGUCUCACACAAACAUACAUGAAAACACACGCAUCCCACUUCACCGCAGGGCUAUUACAGCAAGGACCCAGAAGACUAAGUCUAUGUUGUUGAUGGUGGUUGACGAAGAAGAAGACGAGGAGGAGGAAGAGGAGGAAGAUGAUCGUCCAGAAUAGAUGCUCAUGCCAUUCGUAGAUGACACUUGAUGAUACUCUCGACGCAUCACCAGGGGCGGGACUUUGGCUGCUAUUAUGCCACGCCAUUGGUUGAAAAGGAA